AUGGAUGUCGGCUUAUUAGGCUCCGGAACUGUGAUCUGCCCACGCCGAUCCAACGACACCGAAUACGUCUGGCAUCCUCAACCAUUUUUGGAUGCGUCGGGUUAUCUCAAUGCGUACGUUGGUGACAAUGGAAAGUUUCGUUCUGUUCCUGUUUCCGACUUAAUAGUGACAGAAUCAACACGUGCCUUGUUUUGGGUGGAAUCGAAAGAGUUGCAGACAAAUUUGCAUAUCAACAUCAGCGAUGAUGACAUAUAUGCUAUCACUGAAAACCGUCUGAUCUUCAUAUGUGGCCCUCGAGACUUGGUUCUGAGUGAUACUCUGCAGCGCCACCUUGACCUUAUCAAUGGAUUUCGUCUCACAGAAGAAAUUCCUUGGACCCCAUCCACACACUUGACUCAGGAAAUAGCCAAGAUAGGGAAGGGUUUGGGGGUGGUAUUCUUGAAUAGAAGAGGCACGUUCCUUCCCCUUCAGGGUUGCGGUAGCCGACCUUCGCCACUUUUCGCUAUGGAUAAUGAGGUCACUGUAGACCCCGUCACCGGAACACGUUCAUGUGUAGCAAAUCCGAUGUCGAAAUCGCGUAUAGGAUUUAUUUGUGAAGGCCGGAUCGAACCCCAUGAUUGCAUGAAAUAUCUUCUAGACAACAACGACACCAUUGUGACUGUUCCGCAACCCCAUUCAUAUAGGAAUCUAUAUAACAAGAAGCCAUGGGUUGUAGCGCAAUAUUUUGAUGACUUAGCAUUACCCCAUUUCAACGGUUACUGUAGAUGCAUGGAUACCGAAACAGGGCAGGUAAAGGCCAGGAUAGAGAUUCGUGUUAAAACCGAUCACGUAUGUGACAUUGCAAAAAUGAUCGACGGCAACCGCCAGCAGCCCAUCCGUGUACCUUGGUGUUCUGUUGUCCUCCAUCCGGGGAGCACGUUGACAAUAAAAUUGCCAACAGAGCACAUUAGGCCAGUUUAUACCGACGAGGAUAUGGAAAUGGAUAUAUACUCAGAUUCUGACAAGAAUUUUGCCGCGGAUAUUACAACCCUCCCAUUCCCUCAACUACAAUCUGUCUAUGAAUACGAAACUGAUCUCCUGCCUAACGACUUAACAACUCUGAGACAACUGAAAAAAUAUUAUGACCUUGAGAGUUACGACGAAAUAUUCUACAAAGAGGCCAUGGCUGGUGAUGCCCUUGAGUUGGACCGUUCUCAAAUUGCCCAGGGCGAGAUCAAACUGAAGUACCAUGUGGACAAACCUCUCACGUCACUAGGAGGGCACAACUCAUUCUUCUUUCAUUGUACAUUGAAGUCUAGGAACCAAUAUAUUCCGGAUAUGAUACGUGCAAUCAUAAAUGUCUCUUUCGCAUUUACCCAUCGCUACCGUAUCGUUGGUUGCGACCAAGGUCCGCAAAGUCUGUUUGAUAAAUAUAUUGGUGGUGAAUAUUGCUCCGUAAAAUCCAUGGGAAAUGGAAUAGGUGAUAGUUAUGAAUGCCUAUACGACAACAUGUGGGAUCGUAGUCAGGUUGGGAUUCGUUGCAGGCCAAACGAAGAAUUAUUACCAGAUAAUUGUGAACACACGGGGUACGACUUAUAUUAUAAUCGGAUUAUGCCCUUUCCCAUGUAUGUGCGUAAUGUGACACCUUAUCCUGUUCGAGGGUUCCAGGUGUUAGAAAUGGACUUCAAAAAUACGCGUCUCAUUUAUGCUUGCAUGUGUGUCGACCAAAGUGGGUACGAAAAAUCGAGACUCGUUUUAGAGUACAAUAAAGAAGAUUUUUAUAGCUUCAAUGUGCGUCGCGCAUAUCCGUCUCACCCAUUACAUCCGCACAUGUUGCUGCCGUGGAGUGAGGUAGGAUUAUUAAGUGGGGGACUCACAUCACCGAAAUCUCUUGUGCUUAACAACAUUUCUCAAAGGUCAGUUAUACUCCACGUAGGCACAACUGUGUUCAUGCGUUGUGGAUUAGAUCAGAAGCCCCAUCACGAUGCAAAUAAUGAAAGGAUAACAACUACAUGGCUGCCCAAGCGCCCAGAAGUUCUCUAUUAUACCGUCAACGAUACCCCACAUGGAACAGAGCUUAUACGUAGGACUUACAACGAGUCAUUUGCCACUACCACAGGGGGAUUUUCCGUCACCUACGACGAGCCCUCCGGAGAAUAUCAAGGCUUGACAAUCAAAUCGCGGAGAGGUGCUGUUUUGGUAUCCAAAGACCCACAUCACAAGAAAUAUGUGCCGAUGACAUUUGUAUGCGGUAAGACGCCAGAACCGUCCGAUUUAUCGAUCAUCACCGGUGACAUAUCUAAAUCACAUCAAUAUGCACCGUAUAUUCCCCAUGGCAUAGGAUCGUUGUCAAGGUACACAUGGAACAUUAUUCACGUUCAACUCGAGACCACAGAUCCCUAUAUGCAAGGCUGUGGCGUUACGUACGCAUCAGAUGAGCUCUUCAAGCCUGAGACACCUCAACUCUACGAUUCCAAUGGAAAGCCUCAGUUCGGCUGUAAGAUUGAUCUCCAUAUGGCUAAAGAGGCUGCAUUCUACUGCCAAGCGCCGUACCUCCUGGACCCACCCAACUGCUUCAGCCAGGUCUACGUGGACGGUACCCUCAAUCACGUACGCGCAAUUAGCAAGUCGUUGGCACAUUCUCGGUCCAGCUACUUCGCCAUCUUGCGAUUUCACAGUUCACUUGUAGCGCUCGGGGAAACCAUGCGCCAGACACCGCCGUUGGAAUGCCGCUGCGUCACCGUCAAGGGUGUCGUUCUUUCAACCAUACAGAUCGAGAACUAUUACUCUAAGUAA